UUAAAUAUGUUUGGUUCUAAAUCAUUGAGUUACUAAUGUGUUUGUAGUUACAAAGUCAUUCAAAACAAAGAGGAAAAAAAACUAUCAUUCAAAAAAUUCUUCCUGUUUGAUUUUAUGUGAAUCCCAACACUUGUACUAAACAUAGCGCUGAAUUUAUUUCCGCCAUUUUUAAUUGGUUUAAUAGUUCCGAGGCAACCAUCCGAUAUCUGAAAUUAUCACAAAUAAGGAAAUACUUGAGAGGAUUUGGACAUGAAGAUUAUCUCCGAGUCAGAGAUUAGAAAUGAGAUCGCUUAGUCACAUUUCAAACCUUGCAAAGUCUGUUGGAAAUGCAGUCAUUGUGGACCCGCUUACCGCCGGAAGUGCACGUGACCCGCAUGACCCAAGAGGUCACGGUUCCGACGGCAAAAUAGCUGCUACCGUAACAACUACAUGUCUGACUUCAAUUGGCUUCGUUCUCGUCGCCAUUUUUCAGUCUGAGCGUUUAAACAGUGAAGAUGCCUACAUCACUUGCUUGAUAAUCAUUUUGGGAAUAGCGGUCAUUGCUAUAUUUUCUAUGCUAUGGAUUUCCGUUGUUGCUCACCUGAACACUGAAAGAUGGCUUCGAAAUGAUGCAUCGGAGCACAAAGACGGUCUCAAAAUUUCAAUUACGUUCUUGUGGGUGUUUGGAAUGGCAUCCGUAGUUCAGGAGGCGUUGGAACUGACAGUCAACGUAAGCUGCCUCGAUUUUCAACACGAACUGAACACAACUGGUUACAAAUACCGAUGGUAUAUGAUAGGUACGAACACGAGCAUAAUACUCUUUUACUGUGUCCAAUUAAGCUUCGUGAGUUUUUUCAUUCGAUACCGCCUUGGGAAUUAUAUCUCCAUAAACUACGGGCUCCUGUUUGUGCUGACGACAAACGCCGUGCUGUGGUUUAUAUCGGAGAAAGAGGAAGUGGACGGGUACUACGACGACGAACCCGGUCAAGCGGCAAACCGGACUCAAGACCCGUGCUAUUGGAAUUCCAACAUAACCAUGCUGGUCUCCUCCAGCCUGAAUCCCUACCUAUCGCCUGCAAGUAUAGAGUUUUUUCUGCUGUCUUCGGGUCUGAUCCUUGCAAUGAUACCAAAACAUACUGAGGGUAAUGCGCUGGAGGAAGACACGUGGUCAUCUGAGGAAAUGGUUCCACUUAUACAGCACUCUGAAACUCAACCAUUGCUAAGGCGCCCGCAUCACCCCGUGACCCAUUUCUCCUUCAUCAUAUUGGUCAUUGUCUUCAACUUAACACUACUCACGGGAAACAUUGUGUUCGUGUUCGUGCUUCCGCGGGACAGCUCCAUGUUUUGUACCUGGAUAGUAAUCGACGCUUUCUACAAACUUGUAAUGGUAAUUGUUAUAAUGCUCAUCUACUAUCACAUUUAUUUGUAUGGCAAACCGAAGCCUGGAAACCAUCAACUCAAACCCGGCCAGUAUAUCCUAUUGAUUGCUACCACGGGAACUGUAGCUGUGUGUGUAUUUGGAAUGAUUGGCGGGAUACAAGUUCUUGACCCGCUUAAAGGAUUCUUGUAUACCACAGACAACACAUUUGACAUCAUAAUCGCUUUCCUUCAAACCAUUUUGUUAAUACACAUAGAGAGGGUAAACUGGAAUCGCACGGAAGAAGCUUGCAUACCUACGGACCUCCUGUGCAUUUUCCUGGCCAUUUGCAACAUGUCAUACUGGAUUGUGGACAGCUUCAUUGAUGUACGGUAUGCCGAGUCGUACCACAUCACGGGGCCAGUGUUUGACAAAGAGAACUGGGAGGAUGUUCAAGAUGAUUUGGCGCCUAUGCUGAUAUUCUACCGGUUCCAUGCCUUUCUAGACUGGUACAUUAUUUAUUGCAAAUUGAGAAGGGUGUAAUCGCAUUUGCAAAAUGAUGGAAUGAACAAAAUCAUCUUAAGAUAUCCUAUCCAUAAUCGCCCCAGAUUCAAUGAAUUUGGAUGCACAACAGAUAUGUAUGGGCUUAAUACUCAGUGUAUCGGUACUUGGACAUACUUUUCAUAAUUAAAUAUCAAUAUGUAAGAGCAGAAUGUGUCCUAAUUAAUGACCACUUCCUUUUCCUUAAGAGUUGUUCCCUUUAGCUUUUAAUCUAUAAAAAUUACUUCUAAAAACCUAUACGGUACAAAAUUCAUUUUUAAUAGUUUUUGUAUUCCUAAUGAUUAAAAUACACCUUUCCACCAAAGCAUUUUUGAUAUUCUUUAAAUUAGUAUUUACGUUUUUUAUUUUGAAAAAUGUGCUUGUCCCCAUAGACCUUAAUGCAAUCUUCAUUAAUUACAGUCAUAUAAUUAGUGCUUAGGUAAUAAUAUUUUUUGAAAAUUUUUCGCAGUAAUCUUUUUCUACUCUAAAUGCUUUUAAUGGAUAACAGAGUAUUUAAUACAUGAUGGAUGUUCAGAUUAGAAAAAUUAGGUUGUAAUAUGGAUCGGAUACAUGUACCUUAAAUGACAACAAAGUCUUACAUCAGUAUAGUUCUAAGAACAAAUGGUUUACUGCUAGAUUAAGAUUGUAUUUUCAAGUUUAUAAAAGCAGUACUGAAGUAUCUACUAUUUUUUGAGUAAAGAUGUAAAAUCAUUUUCCAAAAAAGUUUGUAUCCAUAUUCUUUAUCAAAAUACUCAAUUACUCAAGUAUAAAUACAACGGUAUACUUAUUAUUUUAAAGUCUUUAUAAGUAUAAAGUGCAUUUGCCCCCUUUUUUUAUGAGAAUCGUGAUACAUGUUCAUAUAACUAUGGUAGAAUAGGUAAGGAAAUUAUAAUAGCUAAAUAAAGAAUCAUUUCCUUCCUGUAUAAGAUGUGCAAAAUUAUGCUGAUAGUUAACAACACUGUAUGUGCAAAUUUCAUUUCAACUAAGAAAUAUAUUUACAAGAAAUCGGUUUAUGAUUAUGUUUAUGAAUAAUAAAAGGAAGUACAUAUGAUUUCUUAAAUUAAUUGAGUUGACUGAAACAGCAGUAAAAUACUGGCAGAUUUUGUUUUUCAGCUCUGCAAUACAUCAAUAUUGAAAACAUAUAACGAUAUCGUUUAAAUUGUUUCACUAGUUUUCCAAAAAACAUGUCAUAAAAUAAUCCCCUACAAUGCUAUGUUAAAAAAUAACCAUUACAUUAAAUCU